CUUUGUUCUCGGCAUAUACAUACCUAGAUAUCCACAGCUCCAUUCAAUUCAACGCGCAUAGUCUGUGGAGCAUCAACAAACAGCGAGGUUAUAAACAUGGCGACGCUCAAUGCUGACCAGACUUCUCCCACACCCGCCUCCGAAGAGAGAGCUUCUUCGGUUUCGGGAAGCGAUGGCGAAAACGACAACGACACCGUAAGCGGGACUGCCGCCGAUGGCAAUGCGAGCAAAAAACGCAAGAGGUCGCUGAAAAUAUCUUGUGAGCUCUGCAAAACGAGAAAGGUCAAGUGCGAUCGCGUAGAGCCGGCUUGUGGCUGGUGUGCGCGGAACAACCGAGUAUGUGUUUACAAGGAAAGGCAAAAGCCAGGUCUGCGUGUCGGUUAUGGCCGUGAGCUUGAGGAGAAAAUCCAUCGCCUCGAAGCUCUGCUCCAGCACAUGGGACGUCGGCUGGAAGAGCACAUUACUGAGCAUGGUGACCCUUCUCAACCUCGACCAGGGACCGUGCGCAUGACUUCACAGCCAGUACAAUAUCCAGUGGGCGCACCGAAUGAACCGCGUCCGUCAAAUGCGAGUAUUGUAUCUCAAGAUACUCCCGGUUCCGAUCCCCGGUGGGCACCUUCAAACGCCUAUGAACGGAUGCAAUACCCUCGACCGCAGGAUGCCAUGUCCAUCCGCUCAGUAGUUGAUACUGGGAUGCAAGACAGUGUUUCUCAAAGCGACCCUGCCGCUUCGACAGCAUGGUUCCCGACAUCAACACCGGCACCGUCAACAUCAGAGUCAGAGCUUCCUCCGUAUGAUCUGUUGUACACUCUGGUUGACCUGUACUUCAAACACGUCAACCCCUGGUCGCCUAUUCUCGAUCGUAAGAACACAUUUGACGCAUUCUUUGGUACACAGUCGAUGGAUGAAUCUGACCGAGUACUCGAGCAUGCGGUGGUCGCCACAAGUCUGCGAUUCUCGAAGGAUCCACGCUUGACAGCUGAGUCACGAUCUCAAUUUUACGAAAUCUCACGCCAGAAGAUCAUGCUGUAUGCUCUCGAUCAUCCAAACGUGAGAGCGUUGCAAGCUUUGGUCAUCCUCGCUGUUGACGUCCUCGGAACAUCAAACGGCCAGCAGGGCUGGAAUCUUUUGGCCUUGAUAACUCGAAAUAUUGCGCAGCUCGGCUUAGACGAAGAAAAAAGCGCAUAUCUGGAAUCUACAACAUAUCCAUCUGCGACAUUGCUGCAAGCCUCCCAGCCAAGAAAUUGGAUCGAGAGCGAGGAACGUCGGCGCUUGUGCUGGAUGGCGUUUGUGCUUGACAGAUACGCUACUGUUGCGACAGAGGAUGCCUUCACCCUUGAUGAAAGAGAGAUGGAUCGAUGCCUGCCCUGCCGGUAUGAUCUGUUCUCGCGAAAUGAGCCAGUGGAGACACGUUGGUACAGACGAGGAGCUGUAGGCGAGAUGCUAGUCAACAAGCCCGAGAACCUGGGUAGCUUCUCAUACCAUUGCGAGGUCUUGGGAAUUCUUAGCCGCAUUCACCGCUUCCUACACCAGCCUCUUGACAUCACUAGACAUUCCGACAUCCAACGAUGGCGCGAGACAUAUCGGGCGCUCGAUGGCGAGCUGAACAACUGGCUUCAAAAUCUGCCGGGUGAAUACGGCAAGAUCUCGCAACUAUGCCAUUCGGAUCCUGGAAGUCGAAUCUCGAACUGGAUCAUGCUCCAUGCAGCAUUUGUCACGUCGGUCAUUCGACUGCAUUCGUCGGCAGCUUAUCCAACAAUCAAGUCCCCCGUUUUUACACCGUCUUAUCAUGCCAUACAACGAUGCCUUGGGGCAGUGGAGAGCUUGAGAGAAAUUGCGCAGGACGUCCUCAACACCGGCAUGCUCGCCCUUUUAGGGCAUCCCUUUGCAUUUGCAUUGUGGGUUUCUGCUCGACUCUUGCUCGUCCAUGCAGCUACCAUGGAAUGUGAAGUUGAUGCCAAGAUUGGCUUCUUCAUUUCCACCCUCGACCAAAUGGGCCAGCAUUGGCAGGUUGCACGAGAUUAUGCUAGGAUCUUGAAUGACGUGCUGCAAGAAGGCAGUACUGGUGCUAGCAGAACAUUCACGGCAAUGAGAAGGACUGCUUACGAGCUCAAUCUUCUGAUCUCACAACGCCCUCGCUCUGUCUUGGAUUCAGCUACGACUCAUAAUGCACCACAAAAUGAGAUGGAAUAUCUCGAAGUGUUUGACUUCUUCAACUAUCCACGAUUGAACGCGAUAUCCGGGAAUGGCUUUGACCCAUCUGGAAUUGUAUCCCCGAUCGGCAACAAUGCAGGAGCACAAAACCAACCGCCGUCAUAUCGAGCCACACCGGCAUUUGUCAUCCCAAACCCCGAAUCCGACUGGUUAAUCUUCAAGCCACCAUAUGAAUAAAACACCUUUUGAAGGGUGUGCGUCAAGUCACGCUCUGAAGGAAACAUUUUCCACGACCAAGUUAUGGGUACAACGGGAUUUCAGAUAUUUCUGACCUCAUCUGGGUUACUAAGUAACAGACUACUGUUCUUGUGAAGGUACAUUUGCCCUGUCCCUAUCCACCCGCAUUUCAGCUAUACCCUCAAACUUCUGUGCCGACUCUGAGCUCUCCAACCCAGCAACGACCGCAUGGCAGUCCCUGGAAGUAUCACUGGCCCCGAUAAUGCUAUCUCAGACUUAUGUUAAGACCUGUUCUAUGGGCACACUCAUCUUUUUGAAGCCAGCCUUGACGGGUUCUCGCGCGAGCAUUCUCUUGAGCCAGUCAUGGAUCACCGGAAACUCGGCAAGGUCGAAAUCCUCCUUGGGGGUGACCAACGGCAUGAUCACGUAGUAGGAGAGAAAAGCGAGGUCAGCAUAUGAGUACUUGUUGCCCACGAGCCAAGGGCCGUCGCCGCCGCCAUGCUUCCCCGUCUGGGCCUUGAGCAAACCCUCCAGAACGCCACUGAUACGCUUCAUCUCGCCCAGGUAGCGCUCGGUAGCGCUCGGGAGCUUCUCGGGAUGAAACUUCUUGAACCAAGAGUAUUGCCCAAAGUACGGCCCCUGGCCGGAGACCUGGUAAAACAGGUAUUGUCUGGCAUGGUAGAAGUCCGAGGUACCUGGAGCGAAGCCGAACUUGUGCUCAGUAUCAUACUUCUCGAGCAGAUAUUCGAUGAUGGCACCGCUCUCCCAGAUAAGGAUGUCGUUGUUGUUGGGGUCUUUGAUGGUAGGAAGUCGACCGUUGGGGUUUAUUGCGGUAUAUUCUGGCUUCUUGACAUCUGCGAAAGGGAUGUCAAUGAUCUCGUAAGGAAGGCCUAGUUCUUCCAGCAAGGUGGCGACCUUUGGUGGGUUGGGGCCUGAUUUGCCCCAGAGCGUGAGUGGCUUAAGUCCAGAUGCCAUUGUGUGGGUUGUGUCGAUGUUGAUUUUGAUGCUGGAAGUGAAGACAAUCUUGUCAGGGAGAACCAACUGCGAAAUUUAUCUUCAGAGAGGGACAAUGAAGCUGAAUGAGUCGAUGAAAAUCUUCAAGCAAUGCAUGGGUAGGACAGAGAGAUUUAUACAUGUUAUCACGACUUGCGAUGUGAUGCAGUGCGUACGA